AUGAUACAAGAAUUCACUGAUGAAAUUGUUCAUGGGGUUCAAUGUUAUUCACAGUGUUCAGAAACCAAAUCAUUUGUCGAGUUACAAAUGCAAACGGAAUCUUAUCAAGUGUUUCAUCGUGGUACGCAAUCGAGACGGUAUAAAACUCAAGAACUUCAAACAAGCUUUUGUCAUCAAGAUGAAACACUGCAUGAUGACGUACUUACUAACAACGAUAAGUUGACUGAAGAAACAAGAAUAUUAUGUUUUCUUAAACGUACUGAGCCAAUCGUUACAAAAGAGAUACAAAAAAAUAUCCACUCCAAAGUUUUUAGACAAUCACAGUCAAGAAGACUAUUUUAUAGAAACAAUGCAUCGGUGAAACAUACACUCAUUCUUAAUGAAGCAAAAGAAUCCAAAUUAUCUGUUACAGGAUUAUCUUGGAAUUCCAAUGGGACACUAUUAGCGAUAUCAUAUGGAUCAUUGUGUCAUACUGAUUGGUGUACACAUAAUGGCAUGGCUGCACUUUGGAUUGUGUCAAAUGAAACAUUGGUAAUCAAUACUCCUAAGCAAAAAUAUGUAACAGAUACUUGUCUAAUGUGUAUUAAAUUUCAUCCAACAGUUCCAUCUUUGUUAGCUGGAGGGACAUUUACAGGAGAUUUAGUCGUCUGGAAUCGUACCAACGAAAAUGAUCAUCUAUUAGCCAGUAUCGGAAGUAUGCACAGUGGUCAUAAAGAUUGUAUCAAUCAAAUCAGUUGGAUACCAGAUAGUCUAGAGUCUAACUUACAAAAUCUAACUUCCGAAAAAGUCAGUCGGUAUACAACAACUUAUAGGUUAUUAAGUUCAGGAAGUGAUGGAAGAAUUGUUUGUUGGAGAAUUGAUCUCUGUCACUUAGGAAAUGUGAACUGUGUUAAGAUUUUUCAAAUAAGACAUAAAGAUCAGAGUCCUUUACCAAUAUCCAACCAUUUUAAUUCAUUAAAGAAAUGCAGUCUCUUUCGGUCAGAUCUAUCCGAAACAAUAAAUAGUGACAGAGCAGUUAAUAUAACUUGUAUUUCAUUAGCUAAAAAUGAUCCAGAAAAAUUUGUUGUUGGAACAGAAACAGGAGGACUAUUAAUAUGUCAAAUAAAUUCUGUUAACUGGAAUGAAAAAUAUAAAGAAUCCUUGAAAGAAUACAUACAGUCACCGGUUAAAUUUUCACUAGCUCGUCAAGAUGGUCCGAUUUAUUCAGUAGAUUGGAGUAAAUUCUAUCCCAAUCUUAUUAUAGCUUGUGGGUUCAAUCAUUGUAUUCAGCUUUUCAAUGUACUACAAAAAUCUCCAUUAAUAAGUUUAGAACCAAAUUAUGGUUCAAUACUUGUUGUUGAAUUUUCCUCAUAUUUAUCAAAUAUUUUUAUCUGUAUAACCGAAUAUCAUCAUAUACUUAUUUAUGAUUUAACUGGUGAUGAAGAAAUUAAUCUAAUGUACAAUUGUUUUAAUGAAGAGAAACUGUAUAGUCUUCAACCUGAACUACUGUAUACAUUGACAUCUCAAAUUGAUAAUGAUAUUCAAAGUACAAUUGUAUCUGCGAAACUUAAUGAAAAAGAUUCUAAACUUGUUGCUACUGGAAAUACAAGUGGGAUUGUUUAUGUAUGGGAUUUUGGUAAUCUAAUCAAUGAAUUAUCAUUAAAAAGUUCGUAUAGUCGUUUGAAUAUAAGCGGGCACUUACAUUUCUCAUUUUUUCGUAUGAUACCCAAGCAAGUACAAGUGUUGUCGCUUUUUCGCACAGGUCCUUUUUUUGAUUCGUGUCGUCAUUGUCAAUUAAUAUCAACAUCUUGUCCCGUUCUUACGGAACAUUCUUUAAUCAAUCAUAUAGAAAAGGAGGUGUCUAUUCAGUGUAUAUAUCAGAAUCAUUCAGGAAAUCCAAUCUUUACUGGGGAAGCAAUUCCAAAUUUGACCAAGCAUUUAACUUACGACUAUUCAUCAGGAUUAAAUUACAAUUUCCAUGAUGCAAAAUCAUUGUUUAUGGGUGAUAAACGAAAUGCAUUUGUCGAUCUUAAUCAAGAUGAUGGAGAAAUGAGUUCUCAUUCAGUUGGAACAGAAAGUGGUCGAUUUUCCAGGGGAUCUCAUCUUAGUUCAUCCCAAGUCAACCGAAGUUUAAUGCCAUAUAAAUGUACACACUGCGGCAACGCUUAUCACAAACGAAAGUAUUUUGCUGAACAUGUUUUCUCCUGUUCCAAAUCUUUGCAAUUAACUUGCCCAUGUGGCCGUGUUUGUAAAUGGAGAUCGAAUUUCUAUGCACAUAGAAAAUCAUGCGCCGUUUAUAAACAACUUGUAACUGGAGGCAGUCAUCUCUCUGUCUUUCGUCGUCGAGGAUUGACUUUGUCUAAAUCAAGCAUUAAUGAUGAUUCUGAAAGUAUUACUAAAGAAUCAGUUAGUUCUAGCGAACAUCUGCUGGAUAUGUCAACUAAUCCCAAAGAUGCUUCUACUGUAAAUCUAAUUGGUGGAAAUGAUUUAACUUCCUUAGUUUCUUCAUCUUCUACACCCGAAGUUACUUCCCAGUCUAAUGCAGACCCUAGCAUUGAUGUAUUUGGAAAUCAUUCUGAUUCCCUUCAAACCUCUCUCACCUACAUAACUCCAGUUUCAUCUCUAGCCACAUCUGUCCCGACUUUCGUUUCCAAUGAAAAUGUUGAAACAAAUAAUCUAAAUCAUGUAUCUAGUAAUUCGAUGGUCACAUCUGCCUCUAUAAUUCAUGCAUUAAGUCAAACUUCUAAUUUGUCCGUAUUAGUUGACACACGUUGCCCUGUCAGUAAUUAUCCUUCAAAUCAGAUAAAUGAAUGCACCGCCACUAAUGCGGAAGGUGGAUUUAUCCAAUGUGUAUCAUCAAAAGGUGAACCACUUAUCAUGUUUCCUGGUAUGUAA